AAAAGAUAUUACAAUAUAUUAAUCAAACUGUGUUUACGCCCUAUUGUUAGUAAUAGUUCGCAUAUUUUGAGGAAGGUUAUGUGAUUAUGUUGCUUAAAGUGUGUCCAAAAUUUUGGUCCGUAAAUAUUAAAGAGUGCUAUGUUUGUUGCGCUUUAUAAGCGCCGAUAUUACUUUAAAGAUUGAGAAUGGAACGAAAUGGCGCGAGAGAAAUGGAAGAACGAAUGUGCAUAAGAGAUACUGGUAAAGCUUUAAAAAAAUAUGGUAGUACAGCUAAGCAUAUUACACGAACUGAAAAUUUAAUAAAACACACUGUAUCAGCAACUGAUACUCUUCAAGGAAUUGCUCUAAAAUAUGGAGUUACAACUGAACAAAUAAGAAGAGUUAACAGAUUGUGGGCUUCUGAUAGUUUAUUUUUACGGGAACAUUUACUUAUUCCUGUUAGUUCAGAAAGCCCAUUGUCACUGGACAAUACAGAAGAAACUGGACAUCAUGUAACUCAAAAUGUUUCUAGUCCAUCUUCAAUAACAUCAUCUAUAGAUGAUGAUAGCUCAGUUAAUGAUUUUUUAGCUAAAAUGGAUUCUUCUAUAGCCAAUGUUAAAAGAGAAGUUAAACGUACUCAGGGGAAUAGUGAAUUUUGCAUUGAGGAAAGUGAUAUCUAUGUACAGCCACAUAGAGCAUCUACUAAAUUACGUAAUUCACUUCCUUUAACCUCAAGUACACAUACCAUACCAUCUACUUCAGAACCAUUAAGACCAUCAUCUUCUAGUGAUAUGCAUAAUUUUCCAACUGCUGUAGUUAUGACUCAGGGUAGAAAAGUUAAAACAUCAUUACAAAGACUUCAACAACAACAAGAUGAAAUAUUCCAGUUGUAG